AUGUCAUCUUCAACCAAUCAUAUAGUAUCACAUGUACGUCCGUGCACCAGCCAACAGGAACUCGACUCACUGCUUUCUGCUCACAGAUGUGUUGCGAUUGAUUUUACGUCCAAAAAUUGUGGUCCCUGUAGAAUGAUAUCUCCAGAAUUCGAUCGUCUCAUUACCGAGAUCAAUGAAACAUAUCAGCCUUUGGGUGCGAUGAACAUUCCUAGUGCUCCUGUAUUGGGACUAUCGGUUGAGCUUGGUUUUGCUCAAAAUCUUGCAGCAGCAUACGGUGUCACUGCAACACCCACCUUUAUUUUCUUUCUCGAUGGCAAAAAGUUUCAUGAAUUUCGUGGUGCCGAUGUACAGAAACUCAAGAGCGCAAUC